AUGCUUUCCGACAUGGACGCGCUCUCAUUUGACGGUUACACGUCGUACUCUGACUCGUCUGCGCCACGAACGCCGUCCCCGCGGGCUGAUCUACCUUACCCUUCACCGACACAAAUAUACGAUGAGGAAGGGAAUGUCGGUGUUCCCUCUGGAUAUCGAGGCAGUCUUCUCCAAGAACUCUAUGGCCAAGAAGAGGAAUAUCAUAAACAACAAUUGCAGCAACAACACUCGCAGUUGCCACCAACAUCUUCACACCCAACCAUGCCUCGUCGCGCUACCUUUCCUUAUGUUCGUCACGAUGCGCCUUCAUAUCCCCCUACAUACGACGUUUACGAAGAGUCGUACACUGUCGUUCCAUCUAACGGUCCGUCCGGCCCGACAUCAUACUACCAAACUCCUCACAAUCCGUAUCUUCAACAACACCAGCAGUCUUCGCAACACCACCUUUCCUACGGCCCGUCGUCUUCCGGGAUGUUGCCGGCUCCGAAUAUGGGUAUGGGUGGAAUGCCUGGCAUGCCUAUGGGCCCAUAUGGUCACUUGCACCCUGUUCCGCCUGUCCAGCAUACCGAUGAUGCAGCGAGCAAGGAAACUCAGUAUCUGCGCCGACGGUGCUUUAAUUGUCACACUACUGAGCCUCCUUCCUGGCGUCGGAGUACACUAAAUCCAGGCAAAAUUGUCUGCAACAAGUGUGGUUUGUACGAGCGCACUCAUCUUCGACCAAGGCCACUCCGCUUUGACGAGCUCAGGGCUGGUGGCAAGUCUCGUAAAAACUCUCUUUCGAAUGGCUCGGGAGCAAACGGAAAGACGAGUCCUAAAAGCCCGGGAAAGAGUCUGGUAAAGAAGGAGAGUGUUGAUGUUGGACUCGGAAGAAUUCGGGGCAACAGACGAAGCAGUGUGUCUAGCAGUGCUGGUUCUGGCAGCGAUUGGGAUGACAAUGCACAACCAUCUCGACUAUACCCGACUCAACCUGAAAUGCAAUACUCGUAUGACUCGUCCUCGUUCGUCCCAACAAGCGGCUAUGUCACUUCUUCGCCUCCUACCGAUUCACCGACGUUCGGUCCGCCCGCUGAACUUUACGGUUCUCCUUACACUCAUUCCGGCUCUCCUUACCAUCAACAAUCUGCGUCGCCUUACCAUCACUCCCAUUCUUCGAACUCUCCGCCCGAUACUACCCAUCCUGAACUUACCCUUCCUCCGAUUAUACCCGAAGAAGCGACACCGACAAAACGGGCAUCGAAUUAG